AUGCCUCCACCCGACGAAAGUUCGUCAGGACAACAAGCGCCGAGCGCUCCGAGCGCUCCAGUUUUGAAUUUUACUUCGAACUUUCCAGUUCCAAGCCCAAUGAAAAUAUCCGGCGACAGAGUCACAAAUUGGGAGUUCUUUCGACAGCAAUGGCAAGACUACGAGCUUGGCACCGGUCUCGAACAUCGUCCAGAACCAGUUCGUUUAGCAACCCUUCGCUCAGUCAUGGGGAAAGACUGUCUUGAGAUAUUUUUAAACCUAGAGUUGACUCCGGAAGAAAGGGCAAGCGUGACCUCCAGUUUAAAAGCUUUGGAAGCAUAUUUCAAGCCAAAAACAAAUGUGGUCUACGAGAGAUUUAUGUUUAAUUCAGCUACACAAAGUUCCGAAGAGGGAAUAGACGAAUUUGUAAAUCGAUUGAGAAAGAUGGUUUCGUCGUGUAAAUAUGGCGCACUCACAGAUGAGAUGAUACGAGACAGAAUCGUAAUAGGCGUCCGAGAUAAAGCUUCAAAACUACGGCUACUCAAAGAAGAUGAACUGGACCUGAACAAAGCACUCAGUAUUUGCAGGUCUAAUGAAGCGGCUUCCAAACAGCUCAAGUUUAUGAAACUGGAGGAAAUCCAAACAGAUGAGCAAGUCAACACCGUGGACAGUCAAGCGAAACGACUCGACAAGCGGCAUAAACAAAAGAAAGACGCAAAAUAUGGAAAGAAUGGAAAGGCUACAAAGGGCGCGAAGAAGAAUUGCAACAGAUGCGGGGCAACAAAGCAACAUAGGAAAGAAGAAUGCAAAGCAUAUGGUCAAACCUGUCACCUGUGCUCGAAGCCGAAUCAUUUCGCAUCUGUUUGUCGCUUUAGAAACAAACCAGCAGGCGGAAAGACAGUAUCCAGAGGACACAAAAGCGUGAAGCAAGUCACCGAAGAAACGGAUACGUCCAAUGACUCCGAUGAUGAUUUGACCGAUGAUGAAGAUCCACUCUUUAAAAUUGAAGAAGUCUCCAGCGUGAAGACGGCAGGCAAGCAACUCAACGCCAAGAUAAUCUUUUCAGACACAGAAGAGUUAUACAACACCGAAUUGGAAUGCCAGCUAGACACCGGCGCCACGUGCAACGUGAUGAGCCUGCGCGACCUGGCCAUCAUAAGCCAAACAGGAGAUCCACCACUGAGAAGUAGUAAAGUGAAGCUCAAGUUGUUUGACGGUUCUCUCAUGAAGCCUUCUGGUGUAGCCACCUUAAAGAUACAUCGAGACAAUAAGACCCAAGAGUUGGACUUUCAGAUUGUUGAUACUGUAAACAAGCCUCUUCUAUCCGCGGAAACAUGUGUGAAGCUGGGACUGUUGAAGCUUUCCUUAACAGGUACAGCGCAAGUAAACAGUAUGGGUACAGAGCCAGUAAAGUCUAGUGUCCCACUAACCAGAGAGAAAAUUCUAGCGGACUACAAAGAUGUGUUCGAAGGACUUGGUCACUUAGGAGAGUCCAGUACCUUUGUUAUCGACCCAAACCAUCCCCCAGUGCAGCACGCGCCCAGGCGGAUACCUGUAACUCUACAAAAAGAAGUCAAGGAGAAGAUCGCAGAGUUGGAGAAGAAAGGCAUUAUUCAAAAGGUUACCGACCCCACAGAUUGGAUCAGCAGUAUGGUCAUAGUGUCCAAGCCAGGAAAGAUAAGAAUUUGUCUCGACCCUCGAGAUUUGAACAAGGCAAUCCAGAGACCUAAGUACCAGAUGCCAACAUUAGAAGAGAUACUCCCAAAACUCAGCAAAGCGAAAAUAUUUACCACACUAGAUGCGAAAGAUGGGUUCUAUCAGAUCGGAUUAGAUGAAGAGAGCAGUAAGAAAACAACUUUCUGGACUCCCUUUGGCAGAUACAGAUAUCUAAGAAUGCCAUUUGGUAUUAGCGUGGCUCCCGAGGAGUUUGAGUGCAAGCUACACGAAAAGCUUACCGGAUUAGAAGGCGUCGAAAUUCUUCGAGAUGAUCUACUAGUAGUCGGAUAUGGAGAUACCCAGGAAGAAGCUGAUGCCAACCACGAUGAAAACCUCAGAAAACUCCUAGACAGAGCCAGAGAAGUCAGACUCAAGCUGAACAGCAAGAAGAUGAACUUGAGGAAACCCCAAGUUAAGUUCAUGGGCCAUGUUAUUAGCAAAGAUGGUCUCAAACCAGAUCCAGACAAAGUCAACGCAGUGGAAAACAUGCCCAAGCCAACAUGUAAGAAAGAGACUCUUAGUCUACUGGGUUUCAUCAACUAUCUGGCCAAAUUCUUACCAAGACUAUCUGAAGUAGCACAGCCGUUGAGAAAUUUGACCCUGACCAACGCCCAGUUUAUGUGGUCUGAGCAACACGACAAGGCGUUCGAUGAAGUGAAGAAGUUGGUAGCAAACCAUCCAGUACUCAAGUAUUACGACAUCAAUGACGAGGUUACUAUUCAGUGCGAUGCCAGCGAGCGAGGCCUUGGUGCGACACUCCUCCAGAACGGACAACCAGUUGCCUUCGCAUCGCGAACACUGUCUGCAGUUGAACAACGGUACGCACAAAUAGAGAAAGAAUGUCUGGCCAUUGUGUUCGGUUGCCAAAAGUUCUCACAGUACAUCACAAGACGAGACAAAGUCACCGUCGAAUCAGAUCAUAAGCCGUUGCAGUCAAUAUUCAAGAAAUCGCUUCUAUGUGCGCCAAGCCGUCUCCAAAGAAUGAUGCUUCGGCUACAGAGAUACAACCUCGAAGUGGUCUAUAAACCAGGAACGCAGAUGUUUGUGGCCGAUCACCUGUCCAGAGCUUUCCUGAAAGAUACAGGCCCAGAGGAUGAAGAGUUUCAAGUUUUCGCUCUGGAGCUGGAAGCGAUGAACCCGUUUGAUACCAUCAAGAUAAGUAGUGAGAGACUGCCCCAACUUCAAAAGGCCACUGAACAAGACCCGGUCAUGCAAACUCUCAAAACUACCAUUCUGAUUGGUUGGCCAGAGAGGAGAGAAGAAGUACCAGUCCAGAUUAGAGAAUUUUGGAAUUACAGAGAAGAACUGACACUUCACAACGGCAUCAUUUUCAAGAAUCAGCGAGUCAUCAUUCCAAAAGCUUUAAGGCCAGAACUGACCGCAAGAGCUCAUUCCAGUCACCAAGGAAUUGAAGCCUGUCUACGAAGAGCAAAAGAUGUAGUUUUCUGGCCCUCCAUGACCAAAGACAUCAAAGAAGCUGUUGAUAAAUGUGAGAUAUGCGCAGCAUUCCAAGCGAAGAACGUCAAGCAGCCAAUGCAGACACAUGAAAUACCUGAUCGUCCAUGGAGUAGAGUUUCGUCAGACCUGUUCACUCUGAACGGCAAGGAGUACAUUGUGCUUGCAGACAGCUACUCAGAUUUCAUAGAAGUUGGCGAGUUAAAAGGCACAACUGCGAGCUACAUCAUAGAGUUCCUCAAAGGUCAAUUCAGUCGCCAUGGCAUACCUGAUGUAUUUGUUACCGACAAUGGACCGCAGUACUGCUGCCGAGAGUUCACAGAGUUUUCCAGAGAAUGGGAGUUUAAACACGUGACGUCAUCACCUAAACAUGCCAGAUCCAAUGGCAAGGCCGAAUCCGCAGUCAAAGUGGCCAAGAAGAUUUUCAAGAAAGCUCACAGGGACAACAAAGACCCAUGGCUUGCGUUAUUGGAUCAACGGAACACACCAACACAAGGUGUGAACUCUAGCCCUGUACAGAGAUUGAUGUCCCGAAGAACACGUACAUUGCUACCGGUAUCAGCAAAUCUUCUGUACCCCAGAGUAGAAGAAGGAGUCAAAGAGAAGUUGAAGGCCAAGAGGCAGACAGCUAAAGGCUAUUACGAUAGAAGUGCCAAGGUGCUACCAGAGCUUGAAAUAGGCCAAGAAGUUAGAGUAGCUGGUCAGCGAAACAAAGUCUGGGAAGCCGGCACCUGUGUCCAGAAGCUAUCAGAUCGCUCAUACCUUGUUGAAGUCAAUGGAAACACACUACGUCGAAACAGACAGGCAUUGAGGCCCAAGAAAGACACCCAAAUGACUGGUGAGACUAUUAUUGCUGAAACAAAACCACCCUCAUCUGUACCUGCAGAGACAGAAGGACAAACAGCAUUAAGGAGUACCAAUCACAGUGAUGUGACUACACCAGUUAAAGUCAGCGAUACCCCGCAGCAGAAUCAUAGUGUGCCACUGAAAUCAACCCGUACCAGAAUUGUGAAGACACCUGUGAGAUUCAAGGACUAUGUCUGA